UGUUACUGUUUUUCCUCUCAGAUCGACUUCAGAUCAGAACAUGAAUGUGCGUUUAGAGGAAGAGGAGGACAGAGCAGAGUCUCCUGUACCCAGCUGUGUGUCUCUGAAGUCCAUGGAUCCUCCUAUGAGCUUCAAGAAUGAACCUGAACCCUCACACUCAAAAUUACAGUUCAGCCGGCAGAGAGGACAGGCUCCUGUACCCAGCUGUGUAUCUAUGAAGAGUGAUCUGUCCAAAGAUGAACCUCCAUUUUUCAGUGAUGAACCUCGACCAUCAGACACAAAAUCGACUUCAGAUCAGAACAUGAAUGUGCGUUUAGAGGAAGAGGAGGACAGAGCAGAGUCUCCUGUACCCAGCUGUGUGUCUCUGAAGUCCAUGGAUCCUCCUAUGAGCUUCAAGAAUGAACCUGAACCCUCACACUCAAAAUUACAGUUCAGCCGGCAGAGAGGACAGUCUCCUGUACCCAGCUGUGUAUCUAUGAAGAGUGAUCUGUCCAAAGACGAACCUCCAUUUUUCAGUGACGAACCUCGACCCUCAGACACAAAAUCGACUUCAGAUCAGAACAUGAAUGUGCGUUUAGAGGAAGAGGAGGACAGAGCAGAGUCUCCUGUACCCAGCUGUGUGUCUCUGAAGUCCAUGGAUCCUCCUAUGAGCUUCAAGAAUGAACCUGAACCCUCACACUCAAAAUUACAGUUCAGCCGGCAGAGAGGACAGGCUCCUGUACCCAGCUGUGUAUCUAUGAAGAGUGAUCUGUCCAAAGAUGAACCUCCAUUUUUCAGUGAUGAACCUCGACCAUCAGACACAAAGGGGACGAAGAGGAGUCAUGUUAUAGAGGAGCAGCUGUCCUGUCCUGUGUGUCAGGACAUCCUGAAGGAUCCCGUCUCUAUCAGCUGUGGACACUGGUUCUGCAAACGGUGCAUCACCUCAUACUGGGACCAGUAUGGUUCACCAGGAGACUCGCCCUGUCCUCAGUGUGGAAAAAGACCCAGAACAGGAGCUGGACUGCAGAGAGGCAGUCAGAGCAGCACUGAACAAAUAGAUAGAGGUCUGCAGGAGGUUUUAGAUGAACACAAGGUCAGUCUGAGGAGGAGAUGUGAACGUGUGACUGAUGGAAGUGAUGAAACAGGAAGAAGAACCCUCCUCAACAGGAUCUACACUGAGCUCUACAUCACAGAGGGGCAGAGUGAAGAGGUGAACUCCCAACAUGAGGUGAGACAGAUUGAGACAGACUCUAAAAAGAAGACCCUCCAUGAGACUCCAAUCAAGUGCCAGGACAUCUUUAAAGCCUUACCCAACCAACAGAAACCCAUCAGAGUGGUUCUGACAAAUGGCAUCGCUGGUGUUGGAAAAACCUUCUCAGUGCAGAAGUUCACUCUGGACUGGGCAGAGGGCGCAGAGAACCAAUACAUCAGUCUGCUGAUCCUGCUUUCAUUCAGGGAGCUGAACUUGAUCAGAGAUACGCGGUACAGUCUUCUUGAGCUGCUCCAUGUUUUCCAUCCAACAUUACAGAAGGUCGGAGCAGAGACGCUCGCUGUCUGUAAACUAUUGUUCAUCUUUGACGGCCUGGAUGAAAGCAGACUGUCAUUGGACUUCAAAAACAGGGAGGUUGUUUCUGAUGUCACACAGAAGUCAUCAUUAAACACACUGUUCACAAACCUCAUCAAGGGGAAUCUGCUUCCCUCAGCUCUUAUCUGGAUAACUUCUCGACCUGCAGCAGCCAAUCAGAUCCCUCCUUCAUAUGUUGACAGGGUAACAGAAGUACGAGGUUUCACUGACGGCCAGAAGGAGGAGUACUUCAGGAGGAGGUUCAUCGAUGAAGAUCUGUCCAACAAAAUCAUCUCACACAUCAAGGCAUCCAGGAGCCUCCACAUCAUGUGUCUGAUCCCAGUCUUUUGCUGGAUCACUGCCACAGUUCUGGAGCACAUGAUGAGCACAGAGCAGAGAGGAGAGCUUCCCAAGACCCUGACUGACAUGUACUCAUACUUCCUGCUGGUUCAGACAAAGAGGAAGAAGCACAAGUAUGAUGAGGGACAAGAGACAUGUCCACAUGAGCUGAUGGAGGCCGACAGGGAAAUUCUUCUCAAGCUGGGGAGGCUGGCGUUUGAACAUCUGGAGGACGGAAACAUUAUGUUCUAUAAAGAAGACCUGGAGCGGUGUGGUCUGGAUGUCACAGAGGCCUCGGUGUACUCAGGAGUUUGUACAGAGAUCUUCAAAACAGAGUGUGUGAUCUUCCAGAAAACAGUCUACUGCUUUGUUCAUCUGAGCGUUCAGGAGUUUCUGGCUGCAGUCUACAUGUUCCACUGUUUCACCAACAAGAACACAACAGUUCUGAAGGCUUUUCUGGAGCAAGAAAACAGUGAACAUGAAGGCGAUGAUAAUAAAGAAUACAAGGGUGGAGACGACUCCAACAGCAAAGACGGCGUGGGCAAAGGCAGCGAAGACAGCUACGGCUACAGCAUAGACGACGAUGCAGAUGAGGAUGAAGACGGCUACGGGAAAGACAAUUUUAGACACGAUGAAGACGACGAUGAAGACAACGAUGAAGACGACGAUGAAGACGACGAUGAAGACGAUGUCUUAGGUGAAGACAACUACGGCGAUGGCGAUGACAACUACGGCGACGACAACUACGGCGACAACAGUGACGGCGACGACAGCCGCGACAACAGCGACUACAGCAAUGACAACUACGGCAAUGACAACUACAGUGAUGGCGAUGACAACUACGGCGAUGGCGAUGACAACUACGGCGACAACAGUGGCGGCGACUACGGCGACGACAACUACGGCGACGACAACUACGGUGACGACAGCGACGGCGACGACAGCGACGGCGAUGACAGCGAAGACUACUAUGACAGCAAAGACUACGGCCAUGACGGUAAUGGCAAAAACGACAAUGACAACAACUACACUUCUUUAAAAGUCUUUCUCGGUAGAGCCAUGGAGAAAUCCAUGAAACAUAAAAAAGGUCACCUGGAUCUUUUUGUUCGCUUCCUUCAUGGACUGUCUCUGAAGUCAAACCAGAGACUCUUAGGAACCCUGCUGGGUCAGACAGACAACAGUCCAGAAAUGAUCAAGAAAGUCAUCAACAACCUGAAGGAGAUGAACAGUUACAAAAUCUCUCCCGACAGAAGCAUCAACAUCUUCCACUGUCUGACAGAGAUGAACGACCUCUCAGUCCAUCAGGAGAUCCAAGAGUUCCUGAAGUCAGAGAAUAGAUCAGAGGAGAAACUCUCUGAGGUCCACUGCUCUGCUCUGGCCUACAUGCUGCAGAUGUCAGAGGAGGUUCUGGAUGAGUUGGACCUGAAGAAGUACAAGACAUCGGGCCAGGGACGAUUGAGACUGAUUCCAGCUGUGAGGAACUGCAGGACGGCAAAACUUUCUCUCUGUGGACUAUCAGGGACUCACUGUGACGUCGUGGCCUCCGCUCUGAAGUCCAACCCCUCCCAUCUCAGAGAGCUGGACCUGAGUGACAACUACGACCUGCAGGAUUCAGGGGUGAAGCUAUCGGCUGGACUGGAGAGUCCAAACUGCAGACUUGAGACUCUGAGAUUGAGUGGCUGCAGUUUGUCAGAGAUCAGCUGUUCUUCUCUGGCCUCAGCUCUGAAGUCCAACCCCUCCCAUCUCAGAGAGCUGGACCUGAGCGACAACAAGAAGCUGCAGGAUUCAGGAGUGAAGCUGCUGUGUGAUUAUCUGCAAAGGCCAAACUGCAGGCUGGAGACUCUGAGAUUGAGUUGGGGCCGUUUGUCAGAGAUCAGUUGUUCUUCUCUGGCCUCAGCUCUGAAGUCCAACCCCUCCCAUCUCAGAGAGCUGGACCUGAACUAUAACAAGAAGCUGCAGGAUUCAGGAGUGAAGCUGCUGUGUGAUUAUCUGCAAAGUCCAAACUGCAGACUGGAGACUCUGAGAUUGAGGGGCUGCAGUUUGUCAGAGAUCAGUUGUUCUUCUCUGGCCUCAGCUCUGAAGUCCAACCCCUCCCAUCUCAGAAAGCUGGACCUGAGAGGGAACAAGCUGCACGAUUCAGGAGUGAAGCUGCUGUGUGACCUUGAGAAGAAUCCAAACUAUCGACUGGAGACUCUGAGCUUGCAGUGGUGAUCUCUGAAAGAAUGUGAGCGAUCAGGACGUCGGUGGUGCAGAGAGGAGCAGAUGUGUCCUGAUGAUCCACAGAGGAUGAACUGCUGCUACUGCUGGAUUCUUGUCAGAUGUUCCAGUUAUAGUCUGAGGAAUAAUCCCGGUUUCACGAUUAUCACCAUUAUUUUGCAUGAAUUUCACAACAUUACAAACAUGUAUAAAAUCACAUGAACAGUUUAUUUCUUUUCUAAUCUUCUGACUACUAAAAGCGCUUUUACACAUUCAUACGCCACCGCGGCUGUUCCCGU